AUGCAUUUUGUGACCUCUCCUCUCUGAAUUGUGCUGGAUUUGGCCUAUCCCAUUUGAGUCCCCUAGCGGAGGAAAAUGGGCCUACAGUGAGAAAUUGAAAAUAAGGAUGAGCGCCAUGUCUGAUCCUCCGCUUGUGGAAUAGAGCGGACGGCAGAGCGAAUAUUUCCCGGGCCGGGGGUCCCGUCGGGGUUCCGUGUGAAUCAUGGCCGACAGCGCUGGGAUUCAGCAAGGUUCGCCGGCCAUCGGGGCAGCGGGCCUGGUUCCGGCCGCUCCUGGAGCCGGGGGGACGGAGGGCUCCGGCGCCGCUGGAGGAUCCGCACGUAUCGCCGUGAAGAAGGCGCAACUCCGCUCUUCACCUCGGCCGAAGAAACUGGAAAAACUCGGAGUGUAUUCAUCCUGCAAAGCUGAGGGAGCUUGUAAGUGUAACGGCUGGAAAAGUCAGAACCCCCCUCCCACCCCCCCACGAACUGACCAGCAGUCCAGCACAGUCAACCUGCAGGAGCCCUGCCGGAGCUGCUCUCACACCCUGGGUGAUCAUGUGACCCAUUUAGAAAAUGUUUCCGAGGAGGAAAUGAACAGACUACUGGGUAUCGUCCUGGAUGUGGAGUAUCUCUACACGUGUGUUCACAAAGAGGAGGAUGCUGACACUAAACAGGUCUACUUUUCACUCUUCAAACUGUUGAGGAAAUCCAUUCUACAGAUGGGGAAACCAACGUUAGAAGCACAGGAGAGUCCUCCAUUUGAAAAACCCAGCAUCGAGCAGGGGGUGAACAAUUUUGUCCAGUACAAAUUCAGCCACCUGCCGUCGAAGGAGCGUCAAACCAUUAUGGAGCUGGCCAAGAUGUUCCUCAACCAGAUCAACUACUGGCAGCUGGAGACGCCCUCACAGAGACGCCAGAGGGUUCCCAACGAUGACGCAGCUGGAUACAAAGCCAACUACACCAGAUGGCUCUGCUACUGCAAUGUACCUCAGUUCUGCGACAGCCUACCCCGGUACGAGACCACUCAGAUCUUCGGCCGGACACUGUUGCGUUCGGUGUUCACUGUGAUGAGAAAACAACUGCUGGAGCAGGCAAGACAGGAAAAGGACAAGCUGCCACCUGAGAAACGCACACUCAUUCUCACACACUUUCCCAAGUUCCUGUCUAUGCUGGAGGAGGAGGUGUACAGUCAUAGUUCUCCAAUCUGGAGCCAAGACUUCUUGGCAGGAGCGUCAGGAGGGCAGAUACCGAUCCACACAGUUAUCAGCGCGCCUCCUGUGGCCAGGCCUCUGUACUACAGCACCAGUCCUGUGUCAGUGGACCCGUCCACUUGCGGCAGCGUCAGUCCUGCCAGAAAAACAGCCUCUGUACUGGAGCCAAGCCCAGUUGGAGAAAAGCGUAAACCUUCAGAACCUCUCCCCCACGAGGAAAACAAGAGACCCAGGGUGGUCGGUGACAUCCCCAUGGAGCUCAUCAAUGAAGUCAUGGCAACCAUCACCGACCCUGCCGCCAUUCCAGAGACCAGUCUGCUGUCUGCUCACUCUGCACGUGAUGAAGCUGCCCGUCUGGAGGAGCGCAGGGGGGUGAUUGAAUUUCACGUCAUCGGUAACUCCCUGAACCAGAAGCCCAAUAAGAGGAUCCUGAUGUGGCUGGUCGGCCUCCAGAACGUGUUCUCUCACCAGCUGCCCCGCAUGCCUAAAGAGUACAUCACACGGCUGGUCUUUGACCCGAAGCACAAGACGCUGUCACUGAUCAAAGAUGGCCGUGUGAUCGGAGGAAUCUGCUUUCGGAUGUUUCCGUCGCAGGGUUUCACGGAGAUCGUGUUUUGUGCUGUCACCUCCAACGAACAGGUCAAGGGUUAUGGGACACAUUUAAUGAACCACCUGAAGGAAUACCACAUAAAGCAUGAAAUCCUCAACUUCCUCACGUAUGCUGAUGAGUAUGCCAUCGGCUACUUCAAGAAACAGGGUUUCUCAAAGGAUAUCAAGGUUCCCAAGGCCAAAUACGUGGGCUACAUCAAGGACUAUGAAGGAGCUACACUGAUGGGCUGUGAACUCAACCCCAGCAUUCCCUACACAGAGUUUUCUGUCAUUAUCAAGAAGCAGAAGGAGAUCAUCAAGAAGCUGAUAGAGAGGAAGCAGGCUCAGAUCAGAAAAGUCUAUCCGGGGCUUUCCUGUUUUAAGGAAGGAGUUCGGCAGAUUCCCAUUGAGAGCAUUCCUGGCAUACGUGAAACUGGCUGGAAGCCUGUGGGAAAAGGGAAGGAACUGAAGGACCCUGAUCAGCUGUACAGCACUCUGAAGACCAUCCUCCAACAUGUGAAGAGUCACCAGAACGCCUGGCCUUUCAUGGAGCCAGUGAAGAAAACAGAGGCACCUGGGUACUACCAAGUUAUUCGCUUCCCCAUGGACCUUAAGACAAUGAGCGAGCGUCUGAAGAGCAGGUACUACACAACGCGCAAGCUGUUCAUGGCUGACAUGCAGCGCAUCUUCACCAACUGCCGUGAAUACAACCCUCCAGAGAGCGAGUACUACAAGUGUGCCAAUUUACUAGAGAAAUUCUUCUACACCAAGAUCAAAGAAGCGGGCCUCAUCGAGAAGUAGAAGAGGGGACGAAGAAGUUUCUCAUAACCUUAACAAAAGAUGAGACUAUGAAUGGUGUUAAGGUUAUGCAGGGGUAAUGCAAAGGACAGCUACGUGCAUGAAGAAUAGGACUACUGAUUCUGGAGGUUUCAGAAACACAUAUCUUAAUGUAAAAGGUGCAAACGGGUCUCAGACCAGCACUCUUUUGAUGUUUGAUGCAUGCCGGCCCAGAUC